UGAAUGCGUCAACUUUUGCUCAUCCAUGUACACUAGUCCUAAAAAAUAUGUAAAUAAACACGGGAACUGUCAUUUGUAAAUCAGCCGACGUGUUUUAGUUAUUUCGUGGUGGGAGAAUGGUGAAAAUGAACAGCAGCGGUACGACCGCAAGGUACCGCCAGUAUAUACUUUCUAAUCGCCGCGAUCGGACUUGAUAACACAUUGAUUAGUAACGCGUAAGUUUUAAGUUAUCGCGAAAUGUCUUACGAGGAACUGCACACCCGUUUGGCCGCUCAUGGCCAGGAGCACUUGGUCAAAUAUUGGCCGGAGCUCUCCCAAAAUGAGCGGGAACAACUGGCGAGUGAAAUUAACAAGUUGGAUUUAUCCGAAAUGAGCGAUAUUUUCCAUCGGGCAAUGGAAUCCACGAAAGUGAUAUUGGAGAAGACGGAUGACGAUUUGAAGCCAAUACCUCAAGCACAUUACGAAUCCGUGCCAGGACUGACCGAGUCGAAAGUCCAGAUGUACGAAAAUAUUGGUUUUAAGGAAAUUUCCGAGAGCAAAGUUGGAGUAUUAUUAUUGGCGGGUGGUCAAGCUACCAGACUGGGUUUCGGACAUCCAAAAGGCAUGUAUGAUGUUGGAUUACCAUCUAGGAAAACUCUGUUCCAAAUUCAAGCGGAGAGGAUUCUACGAGUGCAAGGAAUGGCUGAAGAGCAUACAGGCAAGGCGGGUAAAAUCACCUGGUACAUCAUGACCUCAGAACACACACGGGCACCGACAGCUGAAUUCUUCAAAAGCCAUAAUUACUUUGGUUUAAAAGAAGAGGAUAUUGUUUUCUUUGAACAGGGCCGUUUGCCUUGCUUUGAUUUUGACGGAAAAAUAUUCCUAGACGAGAAAUACCACUUGUCAUCCGCCCCAGAUGGUAAUGGAGGGAUUUACAGAUCAUUAAAAAGCCAAGGAGUUUUAGACGAUAUUGUUAAACGUGGUGUGCAACACCUACACGCACAUUCAGUUGAUAAUAUUUUAAUUAAAGUUGCCGAUCCAAUUUUUAUUGGUUACUGUAAAACGAAGAAUGCUGAUUGUGCCGCUAAAGUUGUGAGGAAAUCUUCGCCAAGUGAACCAGUAGGAGUGGUAUGUAGAGUGAACGGAUUUUACAAAGUUGUUGAAUAUUCUGAGCUUACCGAUGAAGCAGCUGAACGUCGGAAUCCAGAUGGACAACUCACAUUUUCCGCUGGUAACAUCUGCAACCACUACUUUUCAUCGGAAUUCUUACUUAAAAUAUGCAAUUACGAAUCGAAACUGAAGCUACAUGUUGCCAAGAAAAAAAUUCCAUAUGUCGAUGCCAAUGGCAUUAAACAAAAACCCUCAGAACCGAACGGUAUUAAAAUGGAGAAAUUCAUUUUCGACGUUUUCGAAUUCGCGGAAAACUUCAUAUGCUUAGAAGUAGCUAGAGACGUUGAAUUUUCUGCGCUUAAAAACGCUGAUUCAGCUAAAAAAGAUUGUCCGUCGACUACAAGAGAGGAUUUGCUGAGGCUACACAGAAAGUAUAUACGUCAAGCGGGAGGCAUUGUCGAGGAUGAUAUUGACAUUGAAAUCUCACCGUUGUUGUCAUACGGCGGUGAGAAUUUGAAAGACUUGGUCGAGAAUGAAGUUUUCUCUAUAAGUCCAUUCCAUUUGAAAAGCAUGCACGAGUCAAUGAACGGUAAUGGUACUAAUGGUGUAAAUGGUAAUCAUUAAUUUAACGCAGCUGGCUUGGUGACCAAAAAGGAUUUUUUAUUUGUUCACCAGAAUGUACCGUUUAGAGGUAUUUAAGAGUAUGUAGGAUGUUAUAGGCUUACCAAGCAUGUCAAAUAGGGUAUUUUCUUAAUGGAAUUCCCCUAUUUUUAAUUAAUAUAAUAUAAUUAUUCUGACAGCAAGAUCCUCUUUGUAACCAAGCUAACAAACACUAAAUUAAGGCUAAUGGUAAGUCAGAUUUUAGACAGUUGUAAGAUUGUGAUUUUAGCUCAUGCUGUAAUGGUUAGACUGUGUGGAUAGAUCGCCUAUUGGAAUCUCCACAGUUACUUGUGUGUUAAAUGAUUUCUUUUGUUAACUUAAAUUCAAAAUAGAUACUUUUUAAAACAUUAUCUUUA